GUCACUCUGAACCCGGAACUUCCGGUCCUGUCGUCGCGCGAGCUUGCCGGUGGCGUUGGGCCGCUGAGGGAGGCGGCGGAGGCGUCCGGGCCGCGGGCUGAGAGUCUUGUGCUCGUCACGCAGGAGCUGGUCCGGAGCGAGCGAUGGAGUACAUGGCAGAGUCGGUCGAUCGCAGCCCCGGACACAUCUUGUGCUGUGAGUGUGGCGUUCCAAUUAGCCCAAAUCCUGCCAAUGUUUGUGUAGCCUGUUUGCGAAGUAAAGUUGACAUCAGCCAAGGUGUUCCAAAGCAGGUCUCCAUUUCUUUCUGCAAACAGUGUCAAAGAUAUUUCCAGCCACCUGCGUCGUGGGUACAGUGUGCUUUAGAAUCCAGGGAGCUUCUUGCCUUGUGCUUGAAAAAAAUCAAAGCACCUCUGAGUAAGGUUCGACUUGUUGACGCAGGCUUUGUUUGGACUGAGCCCCAUUCCAAGAGGCUUAAAGUUAAAUUGACAAUUCAGAAAGAGGUGAUGAAUGGUGCUAUCCUGCAGCAGGUGUUUGUGGUGGACUAUGUUGUUCAGUCCCAGAUGUGUGGAGAUUGCCAUAGAGUGGAAGCUAAGGAUUUCUGGAAGGCUGUGAUUCAAGUCAGGCAGAAGACUCUGCACAAGAAAACAUUCUACUAUCUGGAACAGUUGAUUCUGAAAUAUGGAAUGCAUCAGAAUACGCUGCGUAUCAAAGAGAUUCAUGAUGGUCUGGAUUUCUACUAUUCUUCAAAACAACAUGCUCAGAAGAUGGUGGAGUUUCUUCAGGGUACGGUUCCCUGUAGAUGCAAAGCAUCACAAAGAUUGAUCUCCCAAGAUAUUCAUAGUAACACAUACAAUUACAAGAGCACUUUUUCUGUGGAAAUUGUUCCAAUAUGCAAGGAUAAUGUUGUCUGCCUGUCACCAAAAUUGGCACAGAGUCUUGGAAAUAUGAACCAGAUAUGUAUUUGUAUUCGAGUAACUAGUGCCAUCCAUCUCAUAGACCCAAAUACCCUACAAGUUGCAGAUAUUGAUGGAAACACAUUCUGGAGUCAUCCUUUCAAUAGUUUAUGCCAUCCUAAACAGCUCGAAGAGUUUAUUGUGAUGGAAUGCAGCAUAGUCAGAGAUCUGAAACGAAGUGCGGGGGCUGGAGUCAUAUCAAAAAAGCACACUCUUGGAGAAGUCUGGAUCCAGAAGACAUCUGAAAUGAAUACAGAUAAACAGUAUUUUUGUCGAACUCACUUGGGACAUCUUUUAAAUCCUGGAGACCUUGUGCUGGGAUUUGAUUUGGCCAACUGUAAUUUAAAUGAUGAGCAUGUCAACAAAAUGAACUCAGAUAGAGUUCCAGAUGUGGUGUUAAUUAAGAAGAGCUAUGACCGAACCAAACGCCAGCGCCGUAGAAACUGGAAACUGAAAGAGCUUGCAAGAGACAGGGAAGACAUGGACACGGAUGAUGAAAGGCAAUAUCAAGAUUUCCUUGAAGAUCUUGAAGAAGAUGAGGCAAUUAGAAAAAAUGUCAACAUUUACAGAGAUCCCACCAUCCCUGUGGAAAGUGACACAGAUGAUGAAGGAGCCCCUCGAGUUAGUCUGGCUGAGAUGCUUGAAGACCUUCAUAUUUCUCAAGAUGCCACUGGCGAAGAGGGCGCAUCAAUGAUGUCAUGAGUCAUGUUAUAUGCUAUUUGCAUAUCUGUGACCUCAGGAAGUCAGCAAAAUGACCUUAUCCUAUAGUACAUUCAUUUCUUAUAUUUUGAGAGAAGUUUGGCCUUAAACUUGAAUAAAUGACUAUUUUGAUUGUUUACUUAAAGUAUUGAAAAGGUUUCAUAAUUUGAUAGUUAGAAAUAAGACAUGAUGGAAUAUAGUUAUUACUGAUAUUUAGGCCAUCUUAUUCAGUUUUAUCAGAGGAAUUGUAGCUUUACUACUUUAGUGUUGGAUUCAAAUGACAAAGUUAGGAUUCUGUGGAUAUCAACCAAAUAUUAGAACAUAAACCAACAUCCUACAUUUGUUUUAUAUUGAUUGCUUUAUGAACCUAUAAAAAUACAUAUGAAUCACUUUUGAUAUUAACUCAAGCACUUUGGUCCACUUUAAAUCAUUUUUAUAUUCUUUGGGUAGGGAAAUGAAAGUUCUGUUUAUCACUGGACAGUUGGGAAGGUAAUCAUUUUAUUUCUAUAUAGAAUUAAUGUCCUUGCUCCUUUUCUCCCUUCCUGGGAGUAAGCUCAAGGCCUUAUGCUUGCAAUGUUGGUGUCCUAUCAUCGAGCUACAACUUUAGCUAUACAAAAAAACUUUUAACUGACAGUUAUUUUAAUUUUUAUUUCAAUAGAAUGUAUUUUAAAUAUAAAUAAAUAGGCUAGUUUUAUAGCUUAAAUAGCAGUUUGUUUUGUAUUGAUUCUACCUUGGACAGCAUUUUAGGGUGAUAGCUUGCUUACAUUAUAAAAAUACCUGCCCAUUUUAUCAAGGAUAUGGUUUUUAAAUUUGGGGUUUCAAGUUGAAAAGGAAGACUUUUUCUGUAAGUUUCUGUCAUUGAACAUAGCACACCACCAUCAGCAAGAAUGUGAUUGUAGAUGAUGGAAUAGGAAAAUCUUUUAUAAAACCAAGAAUAAUGCCUUCCAUAUUCUGAAAGAAGAGUGUUGGCUUGGGUUUAAACAUUUCGAAAAUGAAGUUUUAUUACCUUGUUCCUAUAAGCUAAACACACUUUACUGAAUGCUCUUUACUUAGUCUGUAUAUACCAUUAAAUGUGCACAUGGAACCAAGUACUCAGUGCAACACGGUCUCUUAAGACUCAACUCCCUGGUUUUUGAAGUUAGGAAUAAAGGCACAGACGUCCUGCAA